AUGCUCACCUGCUACGCGCUCACCACCGCGAUCAGCUCGGCCGGCUCAUGCCUGGAGCCCCUGUACGGAUGCCUGGAAAGCACAGGCAUGCUCGGCGCGGCGGCCCGGGAGGUGGCCGCGUUCCUUCGCGUCAAGGCCAACUGGGACGAUCUCGAGAAGGGGCGGGACAACCUGCGGGCCGUCGAGACGACGAUCAGGGCACGGGUCGCCGCAGAGGAGGAUAAGCUGAACGUUUGUCACCCUCAGGUGCAGGUGUGGCUCAGGCGCGUCGACGAGCUGCGCCGGGAAACCAUCGAUGAGGAGUACGCCAACCUGUUGAAGUUCUCUUGCCUUUGCCAGUGCACUGUGCAUGCUCGUCGCCGUGCUUGCAUCGGCAAGCGUGUUGUGGAGGCGCUGGAGGAGGUGAGAAACCUGACGGAGGAAGGGAGGCGGUUCAAGAAAUUUGGGUUCAAGCCGCCACCGGAGAUCGUCAAUCAUUUACCCCAGAUCAAGACGUUUGGAUUGGAGUCCAUGCUGACUCUGCUCCAUGAUUUCCUUGAGAAGGGUGACUCCAACAUAAUCGGUGUGUGGGGUCAAGGAGGCAUUGGUAAGACAACCCUCCUCCAUGUCUUCAACAACGAUCUCGAAAAGAAGGUCCACGACUACCAGGUUGUUAUAUUUAUUGAAGUAUCCAAUUCAGAGACACUGAACACAGUGGAGAUACAACAAACUAUCUCCGAUAGGCUGAAUUUGCCAUGGAAUGAAUCAGAGACAGUUGAGAAAAGGGCCAAAUUCUUGGUGAAGGCUCUGUCCAGGAAAAGAUUUGUGGUGCUGCUUGGUGAUGUAAGGAAGAAAUUCCGACUAGAGGAUGUUGGUAUCCCAACUCCAGAUACCAACAGCCAAAGCAAGCUGAUCUUGACAUCACGUUACAAAGAAGUAUGUUUCCAGAUGGGUGCUCAGAAGAGCCGGAUUGAAAUGCAGGUUUUGGAUAAUGAUGCUGCCUGGAAUCUGUUCUUGAGCAAGCUGAGCAACGAGGCUGUUGAGUCUUUGAGUUCCAACAAUAUCGUUUGGGAGCGUGCCAUGGAAAUAAUCCUAAGUUGUGGAGGUCUUCCACUUGCACUCAAUGUCAUUGGAACCUCUGUGGCAGGCUUGGAAGGGCCAAAGGAGUGGACUCUAGCUGCAGAUGCAAUUAACAACAAUAUGUACAAGUACAAAAAUGAUGGUGUGGAUGAAAUGUUUUAUCGGUUGAAAUACAGUUAUGACAAGCUCACCGCCACUCAACAGCAGUGCUUUCUGUACUGCACUCUUUUCCCUGAGUAUGGAUCUAUUAGUAAGGAGCAACUGGUUGAUUAUUGGUUGGCUGAAGGUUUGCUACUUGAUGAUUGUGGAGAGGGUUAUCAAAUAAUCCACGAUCUUAUUUCAGCAUGCUUGUUGCAGACCAAUGGUUCAAUGUCAUCAAAGGUAAAAAUGCAUCAUGUAAUCAGGCAUCUGGGGCUUUGGUUGGUUAAGGAGACAGAACAAAAGUUUCUUGUUCAAGCAGGGAUGGCUUUGGAUACUGCUCCAUCAGUAGAAGAAUGGAAAGAAGCUACAAGGAUCUCCAUCAUGUCUAAUGACAUCAAAGAGCUUUCUUUGUCACCAGAAUGCAGAAGCCUCACCACAUUAUUGGUCCAGAAUAACCCAAAUCUGGACAGUCUGGGUUCGGGAUUUUUCAAAUUUAUGCGCUCUUUGACAGUGCUAGAUCUUUCUCAUACUGCAAUAACAUCACUUCCAGAAUGUGCGACACUGGCUGCAUUGCAGCAUCUCAACUUGUCACAUACACUCAUCACGAGAUUACCUGAGCGGCUGUGGUUAUGGAAAGAGUUGAGGCAUCUGGAUCUGAGUGUGACUGUUGCACUCGAAGAUACCUUGAACAAUUGCUCCAAGUUACUCAAGCUUAGAGUGCUUAAUCUCUUUCGCAGCCACUACGGAAUUCAUGACGUCGAUGACCUGAAUUUGGAUUCCCUAAAAGCACUGAUGUUCCUUGGAAUCACUAUUUAUGCAGAGGACGUGCUAAAGAAACUGAACAAAACCAGCCCUUUGGCAAAGUCAACAUAUCGCCUGAAUCUGAAGUACUGUGGAGAAAUGCAGUCGAUCAAAAUCUCUGAUCUCAACCACUUGGUGCGCCUUGAGGAGCUGUAUGUCGAAUCGUGCUAUGACCUGAACACACUGGUUGCCGACGCUGAGCUGACGAAUUCAGGCCUGGAGCUCCUAACGCUCUCAGUUCUUCCUUCGUUGGAGAACGUCGUUGUUGCACCAAUGCCGCAUCAUUUUCAGCACAUCCGCAAGCUGGUCAUUUCGAAGUGCCCCAAACUGAAGGACAUCACAUGGGUCCUAAAACUCGAAAUGCUCGAGAGGCUUGUCGUAACCCAUUGUGAUGGGAUGCUGAAGAUCAUCGAAGAAGAUAAUGGUGAUGAGGCAGAGACAAUGCCGGAUCAUCCUUCUGAAGGACAGGAGGACAAUGCCGUGGCCGAACAUUCUGGAGAUGAGAGGAAUGGUGAUGGUAAAAGCGAACUUCCCGAAUUGAGAUUAAUCGUAUUGACUGAUGUGAAGAAGCUGAGGAGCAUUUGCAAGGCAAGAGAUUUUCCCAGCCUCGAGACGAUCCGGGUGGAGGACUGCCCGAAUCUGCGAAGCAUCCCACUCAACAGCAGGUAUAAUUGUGGGAAACUAAAGCAGGUGUGCGGCUCAGUUGAGUGGUGGGAUAAACUGGAGUGGGAGGACGAGGAGCGCAUGGAUAGCAAGCUCUUCAUUCCAAUCUGACAGACAGGGGUCAUGUUUGCAGCAGCUCUUGCAUCGUUGGCAGGAGGCUUUGUUCUGCAUUUGCAGUUUGGCAUAUAUGCGAUGCGAUGCAAGAUGUUUGAACAAGUAGGCCG